CGGCUAUUUUCGUAACAUGCUUCAGACCAUUCCGGUUACCUGUUUCAAAACGUCAUCUUUGGUAAUCGUUUGUUCACGAAAAUAAUUUCUGUAAAUACGAUUCACCACCGAUCAAAGGUGGUGAUGAGAAAAAAGCAUUUGCAGUAAUGGCGUCAGCAUUGGAGCAGUUUGUAAAUAACGUGCGGACGCUUUCGAAACAAGGUAACUUUCGAGAGCUAACUGACAUAAUAACUAAAAGUACAGAUGUCUUAAUUAAGAAUGCGCCGCAUCUAGAUAAUGUUUUGGAAACCUUAGAUUUACAAGAACAUUCAUUAGGUAUUUUGGCAGUAUUAUGUGUAAAGUUUUCGCUGCCUAAUCCUAAUGCAAAUAACGUUGACGCUUAUAAACCAUUAUUUAAUCAAGUUCAAGAAUUUAUCAUUGGUUGUAAUGGAGAACAAGUUAGAUUUGCUCCAGAUAUAUAUGCAGAAUUAUGUCAUUUUUUUAGUCAAACGCUGGUUGAUUUAAAGAUACCUUUGCGUGGUAUUGAAUUAUUGCGCCGUGCAAUACGUAAAAUACAACUUUUUGAUAGCCAGCUUACUUCGAUACACGCUGAUCUUUGUCAAUUGUGUCUUCUGUCUAAAUGUUUCAAACCAGCACUUGAAUUUCUUGAUAUCGAUGUCACUGAUAUCAGUCAAGAAGAAGGACAAUUUGAUCCAAAAUACUUCUUACUUUAUUAUUAUUACGGCGGUAUGAUAUAUACAGCACUAAAAAAUUAUGAUAGAGCAUUGUACUUUUUUGAAGUAUGUGUAACAACACCUGCCAUGGCAGUCAGUUACAUUAUGUUAGAGGCCUAUAAGAAAUAUAUUCUGGUCUCUUUAAUAUUGCAUGGAAAAGUCCUAAACUUACCUAGGUACACAAGCCAGGUGGUUAAUAGGUACAUGAAACCAUUGAGUCAACAAUAUCAGGGAUUGGCUACAGCUUAUCAGAUGAAUAGUUGUGAAGAGGUACAGAAUAUUAUCACUAAAUAUCAACAACUUUUUACAAGAGAUCACAACAUGGGACUUGUAAAACAAGUGCUCAGCUAUUUAUAUAAAAAUAUACAGAGGCUGACAAAGACUUUUUUGACUCUUAGUUUAAGUGAUGUGGCAAGUAGAGUUCAGUUAUCAGGACCUGCUGAUGCAGAAAAAUAUAUAUUAAACAUGAUUGAAGAUGGAGAAAUUUUCGCAACAAUUAAUCAAAAGGAUGGAAUGGUGAUAUUUCACGAUGAUCCCGAAAAAUAUAAUUCACCUCAAAUGUUGGCAAAACUAGAAAAAGAAAUGGCAGCAUGCAUGGACUUAGACAAACGGGUACUCGAAAUGGAAGAAGAAGUUGUUCUUACACCCCAAUAUAUUCGAAAAGCUUGUGGACAAAAUGAUCAAGAUGAUCAGACAGCUGGACCUGCUCCAACAAAUGUAACAAACGUGCAAGGUCAACCUAAACAUAACACAUAUUCCAUGUAACAUACACACGUCGUUGUGCGUUAUCUUUAUUAAAAAAGAGAAAACGAAUGAAAAAAAACCUUGUUAAAAAUGAAGAUUCAGUCACUCAGAAGCCUGUUUUGGAUGAAGAUGGAAAUCCAAAAAUUUGGCUGAACAUUAUCUAUUUUGUAUAAAAUAAAUAUUAUUACUAUCAUUAUA